AUGCCCGUCAAGUCGCCCGCCUCUGCUGGCACCAAUAGCCAUUUCAACCAAAAAUUGAAGAAUUUCUUCCGUAUCAACAACAAUAAUUCCAAUAACAAUAGCGAAAAAGAGAAGAGCCUUGACCAUUCCUUAAAGUCAGAAGGAAAAGUUGGCUUCCGUCAAUCGAGGAGGUUUUUCACCAAUGUCGGUAGGAUUAGGUCGACUACCACAGCGAGUGAGGGUAACCCCUUAGACGAUACUCUUAGUCCCACCGCCAAUGCCAACCCGUAUUUCGCCCACCAAGGCCAACCUGCGUUACGCCAUCACGAUUCGGGAUCCGUACCACCCAGCCCACCCGAUACUCCGAGCUUAAAAAUACAUGGACCAGAUGGCGCGAAACAACAAGCUACGAAUGCUACAAAAGAAGAGCUGGCAAGAAAACUACGGAGGGUUGCAAGUGCCCCGAAUGCCCAGGGCCUCUUUAGCCAAGGUAAAGGUAGCGGAGAAAGACCAGCCACCGCGGAGCUUGGCAAAGAGCCAUUGAUCCACGGUGAAGACUCUAUAUCAUUAGGAUUCAUCGAUGCUAAAGCUUCACUUGCCGAUGCUGCAACACUUUCCGUGCCCGAAAAUGAUGGUCUCGGAGCUCUUCCGCCACCAACCCAAAAUUCCCUAGCUUUCCGCAGGACGUAUAGCUCCAAUUCGAUCAAGGUCCGCACUGUCGAAGUCGGGCCCGCGAGUUUUGACAAGAUCAAGCUCAUUGGAAAGGGAGACGUUGGAAAGGUUUACCUCGUAAGAGAAAAGAAGAGCUCUAGACUCUAUGCUAUGAAAGUCCUGAGCAAGAAGGAGAUGAUCAAGCGCAAUAAGAUCAAGAGAGCGUUAGCCGAACAAGAAAUUCUAGCGACGAGCAACCAUCCAUUUAUCGUAACAUUAUAUCAUUCAUUCCAAUCCGAAGACCAUCUUUAUCUAUGCAUGGAAUAUUGUAGCGGUGGAGAAUUCUUCCGAGCUUUGCAAACCCGCCCCGGAAAAUGUAUCCCCGAAGAUGACGCGCGAUUCUACGCCGCAGAGGUUACAGCUGCUCUGGAAUACCUUCAUUUGAUGGGAUUCAUUUACAGAGACUUGAAGCCAGAGAACAUUCUGCUCCACCAAUCGGGGCAUAUCAUGCUUUCUGACUUCGAUCUCUCGAAACAAUCGGAUCCUGGUGGUAAGCCCACCAUGAUCAUGGGCAAAAACGGCGCCAGCACCUCGUCCCUCCCUACGAUAGAUACGAAAUCGUGUAUCGCGAACUUCCGGACGAAUUCAUUUGUAGGAACUGAAGAAUACAUUGCUCCAGAAGUCAUCAAGGGUAGUGGACACACGAGUGCUGUGGACUGGUGGACCUUAGGCAUCUUGAUCUACGAGAUGUUAUAUGGUACUACGCCCUUCAAGGGCAAGAAUCGUAACGCGACUUUUGCCAACAUUCUCCGAGAGGAAAUACCAUUCCCGGAGCAUUCCGGAGCGCCCCAGAUUUCAAAUCUCUGCAAGUCUUUAAUACGAAAGCUAUUAAUCAAGGAUGAGACCAGGAGAUUGGGCGCAAGAGCUGGCGCGUCCGAUAUUAAAGCGCAUCCUUUCUUUAGGACAACACAAUGGGCUCUCAUUCGACACAUGAAGCCACCAAUAGUUCCUCAUGCGGGCCGUGGUGUUGAUACGGUCAACUUUAGAAACGUUAAAGAGAGCGAAAGCGUCGACAUUACCGGCUCGAAACAACUGGGUUACGCCAAAGGUGUGCCGUUAGAUAGUGAACUGGCGACACCCGGGAACGAGGCCGCGGACCCUUUCGAAGAGUUUAACAGUGUUACAUUACAUCACGAUGGCGACGACCACUAUAGCAGCGACAGGUGA